CCCGACGCAAGCCGAAUGGCACCUCGUACUCCACUACGUUCUCAAGUUUAAACGGCGCAACGGUAUUCGCGGUGACGAUUCUCCCGAUCAUCGAGAGACUUCUGAAGUCCUGGAAGCCGUCAAAUUGGCCCCAUCAAGACCAAGAGUCCGGGUUGCGUACGCUUCCUGUCUGGCGGAACAUGUCCGAGCAAAUGUGUACCAGCGGACCCAGGUUGGGAUUGACUUUGUGACAAAAACCUUUUCUGGGGCAGAGGAAGCUGUCCAAUUCUUACGGAAGGAGACGAGGGAUAUUUUGGACCUGGACCCCGUCUCAGUGCAAUGCAACAUUACGAUUGCGGAAAUUUUUUCGGUAACAUUGCCCAAGAAAUUUCGUGAUUUGCCUUUUACUAAAAAGUGUAUCGAGCGAGCCCUCUUGUUCCAUCCCAACUCGAGCAAGGCGAAUAAUAGGAUGGGCAUUUUUUUCUUGACCGUGAAAAUGAUGCGGCAAAAGCUGCAGAAUUUUUUCGCUACGCUGUGGAAGCUGAUAAUCGUAAUUUCCCCGCAUUGCUGCAACUCUUACAAACCUACAUGGCCAACCCGGUCAAGAAUGAGGACGCCAUUAAGGAAAUAUUUGAGCGAGACGAGAAAGACUUCUCGGAUGAACGGGUUGCCAGUUUUUACGUCCAGAAGGGAUUUUUUGCCUGCAUGCGGAAAGAAUUUGAGGAAGCGUUACAAUUCUGGGCGACAGCUUAUGAAAAAAAUAGUGCUUGUAUGGAAGCAGAUUUGCAGAAACUGGUCUACUUCAAGGAUCGGUACGGAUGGGACCAGGAUCCAGACCUGACUUACGAUGGCAUUAUCGAAGCAUUGCAGCGAUUGGAAUAUUCCGCUCAAGGCGAUCCUACCAGUCGUAUUCUGAUAAUAAGUAUUCUUGCCGCUGCGAAACGUAAAGAAGAAAGCCGCUCAUUCAGGGGAGGCUUUCGUGGUGGUCGAGGUCGAGGUCGUGGACCGUUCGGCAGCGGUAGGGGACAUUAUUCUGGUGGACGCGGAUCAAGUUGGACUGGAGGAGGACGUUUUGGAGGAGGCCGUGGGGGUAGAGGUGGGUUUGGAGGUGGUGAUCAAGAUUCAAAUCCGCCCGCCACUAAGCCGAAACCCAGCCAUUACGAAGUUUUAGGCGUUAAGCCGUCCGCAAGUAAAGAUGAGAUUAAGAAAGCGUAUCGCACCAUGGCCUUGAAGCAUCAUCCAGACAAAAAUCCCAAUCUGUCCGGAGCUGAACGAGCCAGGAACGAGGAGCUUAUGAAAGCAAUCAAUGUUGCGUACGAAGUCCUUGUCAAUUAAGGAACAAAAUAUUAUAUAUGUAAUUCUUUAUUGACAUUUAAUGUAUUCAAUAUGCAAAUUCAAUGGACACAUGUCUGCGCCUUGUUUUACAUUCAAUUUUGAAGUAA